UUUUAAUAAUUAGACCGGUUUGACUGGCAUUGGUAACCAAUAUAUAAACCGAUUUGUUUCCUUGUUCUCAACUGAAACGCGCGAGGAGAAAGAAAGAAACUUCUUCCGCGGAUCUGAAUCAUUGCGACUGAAAAUUAAAGGGAAGGGAAGGAAGAAUAAUGGGUUGGAUCGGAGAAACAGUGGAUUCCAUCAAAUCUAUCAAGAUCCGUCAGCUUCUCACUCAAGCCGUCACACUCGGUAUGAUCGUGACGUCGGCAUUGAUAAUAUGGAAGGCUAUGAUGUGUGUGACUGGCACUGAAUCUCCUGUAGUUGUUGUUCUCUCUGGAAGCAUGGAACCUGGCUUUCAGAGAGGGGAUAUAUUGCUCUUGCGCAUGACCAAGGACCCCAUUAGAACAGGCGAGAUUGUUGUUUUCAAAAUUGAUGGUCGUGAUAUACCCAUCGUCCAUCGUGUCAUUGAAGUUCAUGAGAGGAAAACUACUGGAAAAGUUGAUGUUCUAACAAAAGGUGACAACAAUGAUGUGGAUGACAUUGAUCUCUACGCUGACGGACAAAUGUGGCUUCAUCGCCACCAUAUAAUGGGCAGAGCUGUUGGGUUCUUGCCUUAUGUUGGAUGGGUGACUAUUAUCAUGACAGAAAAGCCUAUCAUCAAGUAUUUACUCAUUGGUGCAAUGGGUCUGCUCGUUAUAACAUCCAAAGACUGAAACAACAUACAUAAAGACGAAUCUAUGGUGGUGGAGAAGUGGCUUCUGCAAGUGCAACCCUCAUCAUCUUUUGUAGUUUCAUGUCCUUAAACCGAAUAACAAAACAAAGUUCAUAAUUGAACCUUAGAUUCUUAUAAGCUAUUUUUAUAAUUUAUAUAGUUUUUGUGACAGUUUUCUUUAACAGUAUUCUUGUCUGUGA